AGAUAGAGUAAUCCAUCCAUUUCCUACCGUUUGCCCCUUUUGGGGUUGCGGGGGGUCGCUUGAGCCUAUCUCAGCUGCAUUCGGGCGGUAGUAAUCAUAGUUCUGUUAAUGUACCGUUCGAUUGUAGGUCUCGAGCUGCCAUUGCCAGAGAAAUGGUAAAUUUACUGCAAAGCAGGUUUUUUUUACUUGGAUUUAACACAUGCAAAGGUGUGAGCGCCACAUCCGUGUGUGUGUGAACUGUCUUCCAGGAUGAAUCCGAGCCGCAGUGUAGUAGGUAGAAGACUGCGGAGGGAAGGGAUGCGUCACUGGAUUAGUGCCUUGUGAGUCUCAGCCUCUUCUUCUUCCUUCCCUCUGAGCUGCUUGGAGAAGGGCACGACACUCGCACAGCUCGCAACCCGCAAAGAAGCCUUCCACAUGAGCCAGCCGGGCCUCGACCCCUCUCCAGGAUGAAGAAAGAGAAACAAAUGUCUCCUUUCACCUUUGUCCUUCUGCUCCACUUCAGCACGGUUUCACUUUUGGAUUCUCACAAAGGGUUAUCCGACUAUGCCCCGUAUUUUUACGACAAUGGACCCAGCAGUACAAACGGGAACAUGGCUUUGUUCAGCAUCUCCGAAGAUACACCAGUCGGAACGCAGAUUUACAUCCUCAACGGCACAGAUCCAGAAGAAGAUCCAAUACAAUACGGUUUGACCUUUGAAAAGGGCUCCAAGGAGUAUUUUAGGGUUGAGCCCAAUUUGGGAAACGUGACCCUAGUUCUGGAGCUGGACAGAGAGGAACAAGACGAGAUUUCGGUGCUCGUCAGCAUUACGGACGGCCGGAACAAAGUGGUUGAAACAGCUAGAGUGUUUGUCACGGACACCAACGAUGAAACUCCUGAAUUCCAGAACCUGCCUUUUAUUGUUAAUAUCCCAGAGGAUGCCGUGGCAGGGAGCAGCGUCUACAGAGUCCAGGCACUGGAUAAAGACAUGGGUUCAGGAGGCAGCAUCUGCUAUUCCCUCCAGCCGUCGCCAAACGCCAGGUUCACCAUCGACGGCAACAGUGGCAUCCUGAGGGUGAAACCUGGCACCACGCUAGACUAUGAGACCACGCCUACGCACUUUGUGACAGUGGUCGCCAAGGACGGAGGAGGGAAAUAUAAAGGCAAACAUCAGGUUUUGACCUCCACGGCCACCAUAACAGUCAACAUCCUUGAUGCCCAAGACAUGCCUCCAUCCUUCAUAGGAACGCCUUACUUCGGCUACAUAUACGAAGUCUCCGUUCCUGGCUCUGAAAUAUUUACUGUGUAUGCCAGAGAUGGGGACCAAGGCAUUCCUAACCCCAUUUAUUACUCCAUCAUCGAUGGAAGUGACGGUGUUUUCGACAUCAACAGCACAAGUGGUUGCAUCACCUUGACAACGCAUCCCUCCCUGCUGAAAAAUGAACUCUACGAAGUCGAAGUCAAGGCAUCAGAGGUGGGAGCCAACGGUCACUUGUUGGACUACGACAUUGCCAUGGUGACGAUCCGAGUGGUGGACCUUAACAACCACCCGCCUACUUUUUAUGGCGAGAACGGACCACAGAGCAAGUUUGAGGUCACCAUGUAUGAGCACCCUCCUGCAGGGGAGAUCCUACGCGGAUUCAAGAUCACGGUCAACGAUUCAGAUCAGGGGGCAAAUGCCAAAUUCAAAUUAAGACUGGUGGGACCGAGCAGAGUUCUACGAGUGGUUCCCCAGACGGUCCUGAACGAAGCCCAGGUAACCAUCAUCGUGGAGGACACAUCUGGCAUCGACUACGAAAAAGGACAGACCCUCUCGUUCAAGCUUUUGGCGGUGGAAAUUGACACUCCCGAGCGCUUCAGUGCGACAGCAGAUAUCGUGAUCAACCUUCUGGACACUAACGACAACACCCCCAAAUUCACCUCGGAGUAUUACAUUACCAGGGUCGCGGAGAACUCCCCCGGAGGCUCUAGUGUUGCAUCUGUUACGGCAAACGAUCCAGACUCGGGACCUUGGGGUGAAGUCAAAUACUCCAUUUAUGGAUCAGGGUCAGAUUUGUUUUCCAUCCACCCGUCGACAGGCCUCAUCUCCACACAGCCGUGGACCACCCUGGACGCGGAGGUGCGCUCCAAAUUCAACUUCUACGUGAAGGCGGAGGACUCGAAGGGAAAGUACAGCCUGGCCGAAGUCUUCGUCACCGUGCUGGACAUGAACGACCACUCGCCCGUAUUCCACGACAAGCUGCUGGAGAAGACCAUGGUCAUUGGCACGCCAGUUAAAGUGGAGGCGAUGGAUGACGAUGCAGAGUCUCCCAACAACGUCGUGGAGUAUUCCAUCAUGACGGCGGACCCCGACAAUGCGUUCGACAUAAACGCAGAGACGGGCGAGAUCCAGCUGAAGCCGUACAUCAAGUCCAUGGAGAUCGUGCACAACAUCACCAUGCAAAAGGACUGCAAGUGGUCCCUGGUGGUGCAGGCCCGAGACCGAGGCUCUCCGUCCUUCAGCACCACAGCCGUGGUCAACAUCGACAUUACCGAGGCAACUCCUCUCAAGGGGCCUAUGGUGGCCUUUUUAAUGAAAAGUAGGGACAAUCCAAUGAAAGCUUUGGGUAUGCUUACGUUUAUCAUUAGCAUGUUGGUAGGAGCCACAGUGCUCAUCUCCACCAUCAUGUACAUGCGCAACACAAAGUCGCAGAACAGGAUCACGCCGACACGCCGUGUCAUCAGGAGGCGGCCCAGGGACCAGCAGCCUUGGACUUUUCGCAUGCCCUUCUUUAAAUCCGAAAACCCCUCCGAGAAGUUCCUCAUGGAGGAUGAGGGAAGCCCUAAGCAGGAGACCCCGAGGCUGAGGCCACCGCCGCCCUGUGCCCCGUCUCUCCCCCCUCCAGCCCCGUCGGCCACACGUCCCCCCGAAAGGCCCCGCAUUGUCCCGACUAUAUCAGGCGCUUUGGCCACCAGAGGAUCGAAGAAAGGGAAAUCGGUUCGCCGCAAGGAAGGAAACCUCAGCUCGGCGCUGGUUUCUGAGUUGAAAAUGAGGUUGGAGCAGAAAAUCAACGAAAACAACCAAGGUUACUAUUAACUCCACUUCCAACCUAUUCCUUUUUCGUUAUGACGUCUGUUGGGGGACAAAUUGAACUUCACAUCUGGUAUGAAAUGGCAAACCAAGUAUGGUAAACCUUCAAUGAGGGUUCACAGAUUGGUAUUCAAGAGUGAACUCCUCAACUGACCUCUUUUCUUUCUCGGUAAAUAAUCACCACACUGCCAUCUUGAGGAGGGUGACAUCAUCUUAACAACAGUGACAUGUGUGUUGUUGCUUGACAGAAAACAAACACACAUACACUGUCUUUUCUCAAUAAAUGGCCUCCGCUGUAAUGCCCCAGUUAAUCACCAUAAGUCCACUUUUAGUAAUAAACAAUGUACCUCACACAGAUCUCAGGGCAUUCAAUCGAUCGCAACUGGACUGUUUGGUUUGUCUUGGAAGACGUUUCGCCUUUCAUUCGUGCUAUUAGACUUAGAUUGGUCGAUUUAAAUGCCCUGGGACUACAAUAACCUGGAUGAAUGAGAACAUUCAUAGAUAUACCUCAUAUAAACUUUAAUUGGAUUUACUACAACUGAUACCACCCUCUAUUGAAUAGUGCAGGGGUCACCAACCUUUUUGAAACCAAGAGCUACUUCUUGGGUAGUGAUUAAUGCGAAGGGCUACCAGUUUGAUACACACUUAAUUAAAUUGCCAGAAAUAGCCAAUUUGCUCAAUUUACCUUUAACUCUGUUAUUAUUAAUAAUUAAUGAUAUUUACACUUAAUUGAACGGUUUAAAAGAGGAGAAAAACAUGAAAAAAAAAGACAAUUAAAUUUUGAAACAUAGUUUAUCUUCAAUUUCGACUCUUUAAAAUUCAAAAUUCAACCGAAAAAAAGAAGAGAAAAACUUAAAAAAAGAAUUUAUGGAACAUCAUUAGUAAUUUUUCCUGAUUAAGAUUAAUUUUAGAAUUUUGAUGACAUGUUUUAAAUAGGUUAAAA